AUGCAAAAGGGCCAUGAUCCAGUUUCGAUCAAAGCACUUCAAGUGUUCCUAUUUACAUCUUUGAUCUGCUCAUUUGUUACUUCUGCAAUUUCCAUUCCCAUAAAGAUUCAAAUACGAGCUCUGGGGAUCGAUUUGAGUCCAGCACCAUCACCGGAAAACGGACCUCCAUUCUCCGCCGGCGCAACCAGAGAUAGAUCUCUCCUUCCAGCUCAAAUUGGUGGAAUUAUUGGGGCAUAUCUCUUUUCCGUCUGUAUUAUCGGCCUCGCCUUGAUAUUUUGCGGUAGAAAGGCUCGCCGGGCAUUGCAACAACCCGGCAUUGUUUUGGAUGUUGAAAUGGUACAGCCCCAUAAGCAACUUUCUAUAGACCCAUCUCCAAUAUCACCUACUAGAGGACCAGGUAGUCCAAGGAACUUCUCCUGGCCUUCACCAGAAAAAGACGAGCGAAAUCCUUACGUCUUUCCACCUGUCAACAGAUCUCCAAUUACUCCUCCGGGAACCGAUCCUUACGUCGACAGUCGAGUUGUUCAACAAGAUAGAGAUAUGGCUGCAAGAAAUUUGGAAGAUAUAUAUGCCCAUGUGAUGGAGCAGGAGGAGGCAAAAGCUGCGGGGUUGAGUCCGAAGGAAAUGCCUCCGCCAGCACCUUUGCAAAGACCUGGUUCAAUCCCUGCGCCAGCACCACAAAAAGGGUCUCGAAGGCCAUCUGCAAUUACGAUCGAUGGUAAUAAGUCUACGAGAUCACGGGCUUCUUCAAUCUUGUCCGUAUUGAAAUCGCCAAGAAGAAAGCAAAAUCGACCUUUGCAAAUUUCCUCUCCACUACCAACACCAAUGUCUGCUACUUUCCCUCGAGAUGGUGGGUCAGAUACCGAGCCAUUAUCUCCCAAAUACUACAAACCUCCCCCACCAAUUCCAACAGACCAGGUGCCAUAUACCGAUUCUCGAAACACCUCCAAUAUCACGCCUACUUCACCAACUCGCAGUAUUGCGGAACAAAUGGCACCAUACGGUCCAGGAGGGUCAGGAAACUCUCGCCAUAGACAAUAUCCCUCUCAAGCAUCUGCACAUUCCUAUGAUCCAGGAUCAGCCUCUACAACAACGUCACAAACUCCUUUAAACCCCCCUCCGACCAAAAAAGCAAUUCCCCAUCCCAUCCCUACAGCUUCCAACCCCACAAACGCACAUACCCGAGCACUUCCCUUCCGUCAAUUCGAACCUGCACUACAAUCUCCAUCAUUCAAACCCGCUACUAAGACAACAGUCUUGGAACGAAAAGGACCACAACAUUCCGGUCCAAUGACCGGGGGACUGAGAACUGCACCAUGGAGUCCGGGUGCUGUACCCUAUUCUCCUUUCUAUCAACCCAUGACCCCCAUGAUUCCAGUUACCCCGACAUUGGUCACAAGACAGGAUAGGAAGAUGAUGAAGAAGCAGCAGAAGAAGGCACCCGUUCAGGAGUUGGUUAGUGAUGAUAUGUGGGAUAGUGGGUAUUGA